AAAAUAAUAACUCAUUGUUUCACUUCAAAAAACAAAAUUAUAAUCCUGUAUAUUUUAAUUAAAUAACAUACUAUGUUUUUGUAUUAUUUUUACUGUUUACUAUCUGCUCGUCUGGAAAAUUCACAAACUCGAAUGGGAAAAGUAAUAAAUUAUAUAAAACGAAAGAAUCCGUACUAGUGCUUGUCUUUUUUGCAUGUCUGUUAAGGACGGUUAACCUAGUGCAUAUUGAAUUCUCACUAAUCCCAACAGUUACCUGUGCGACUUGUACCGACGGUGUCGAUGUAACGAUGACAAUAAUAUAAUAUUAUAGUAUAUUGUUUAUAUUUUUAGUUCCGGGGUCAUAGAAAUUGCGUGUACUCACUACCACAACUCUAUAGUAACCGUUUUUUUAGUUGUUAGGUUUUUCGGAAAAUGUUUAACAAAGAUGAAAUCCUAGCGCUUUUGGAUAUUAAAUUUCAAUCAUCUUAAAUACCCGACCAUGGAGUAUUUUAUCUACUUUGAAUAUUGGAGAUAGGUCCAUCGUUAAUUGUCAGCUCUCGGUAAUAAAAAAAAGUUUAUAAUAAUAAUAUCGUUAGCGGCGUUAAGUUAGAUUUUAAUACGUAUUCGGUAUGGACUUUCACAGUCGACGUUUAAAGCGGAAACGGCGUUCUCCAGUGGAUUCUCAAUGUUUAUAAUCAAGUGUUAAACCGCGCUGUAAAUGAUAAUUAUAAUGCUGUGCUAAUAAUUUAAAUUAAUUUUACGUGCUCGUGAUCGUGCUAUGGCUCCCAGGAAGUACCCGGCAAAACCGAUGAACGACGAAUUAAUUCGUCGAUUUCAACACUGGAAAUUUGCAUCACAACACAAAGACUGUUAUACGUCAGGGACCAAAAUUUGGGUGCCGUGCAAAACAGAAGUAUGGCAGACCGCCGAGAUAACAGAGGCUUACAAUGGCCAAAAGUUAACAGUCAGGAAAACAAAAGAUGGCGAUAUGUUAGUCAUCAAGAUUGGUUCAGAAGAAGAGCUUCCGCCGCUUCAAAACCCAGACAUUCUCUUAGGCGAAAACGACUUGACAUCAUUGUCAUACUUGCACGAGCCAGCCAUUCUUUACAAUCUGUAUUGUCGUUUUGUUCAAAGCCGUGCCAUAUACACCUAUUGUGGAAUUGUACUUGUUGCCAUAAAUCCUUAUCAGGACUUGGAUAUCUAUGGGAUAGAUACGAUGAUGACCUACAGGGGUCAAACUAUGGGAAGUCUUGAUCCUCAUGUUUUUGCCGUAGCCGAACAAGCUUUUAAUAAAAUGGAAAUUGAAAACAAUAAUCAAAGCAUCAUCGUUUCUGGUGAAUCGGGAGCUGGCAAAACCGUUUCAGCCAAAUACGCUAUGAGAUACUUUGCCACAAUUAGCGGUUCAGAAACGGAAACUCAAGUAGAGAAGAAAGUUCUCGCAUCUAGUCCAAUUAUGGAGGCAAUUGGCAACGCCAAAACGACUAGGAAUGACAAUUCUUCUCGUUUUGGAAAAUACAUUGAACUACAUUUUGAUGAUCGCAACCACAUAAUAGGAGCUAGUAUGAGAACUUACCUUUUAGAAAAAAGUCGCGUUGUAUAUCAAGCCAGCGAGGAACGAAAUUACCAUAUUUUUUAUCAGCUAUGCUCCUCGCGGUCAUUGUUUCCACACUUGCAACUUGGGGAUUCUGAGGAAUAUUUGUAUCUUUCAUGUCAAUCCAGUAGUGAGCUUGAUAAGCUUAAUUUCAAUGAAACAAUCCAAGCUCUUAAUACGUUGGGAUUUUCUCAAGACGAUCAAGAUCUCAUGUGGAGACUUUUGGCCAGUAUUUUACAUUUAGGAAACAUUCAAAUUACUGAUAAGUUCCAAAAAAGUGCGGGAGACAGUGAUUCUUCUUAUAUAUCUCCGGAAGACCCUCAUUUACACAUAUUUUCAUCUCUACUCAGUGUUAAUCCUGAGGAAUUACUGAAAUGGCUAUGCUACCGAAGAAUCGUAAGCAUGAAGGAAACAUACGAAAAACCAAUGACUGUAGAGGAGGCAAGUGGAGCCAGAGACGCUUUAGCAAAACAUAUGUACGCCUCGUUAUUUCAAUGGCUUAUAUCGAUAAUGAACAGGACUAUGUGCGAGACUUCGCCUUUGAUAUCGUGUCCCAUAAUUGGUGUGCUAGAUAUUUACGGUUUUGAAAUGUUUGAGCUAAAUAGUUUUGAACAGUUUUGUAUAAAUUAUGCAAAUGAAAAACUUCAGCAACAGUUCAAUUUGCAUGUAUUCAAAUUAGAACAAGAAGAAUAUGGAAAAGAAGGCAUCGAAUGGAAAUUUAUUGACUUUUACGAUAACCAGCCUUGUAUUGAUUUAAUUGAAUCUAAAUUGGGAAUAUUGGAUCUUCUAGACGAAGAAUGUCGUAUGCCACAAGGUUCAGAUAUUUCUUGGACUCAAAAGUUGUAUACCAAAUGUACAAAAUGGGAUCGUUUCUCGAAACCUAAAUUUGCUGGUUCUGCCUUUACAAUAAAACAUUUUGCCGGCGAUGUCGAAUAUUUUUCUGAAGGUUUUUUGGAUAAAAACAAAGACACCGUAAUUGAGGAUCAGGUUAAUAUUCUCAGAAACGGCAGAAACGCUAUGUUAAGUACAAUAUUUAUGGUCGAUGGUUCGAGCGAUAGUAGGCUUGGUGUGUCUGACCGCAGAUCAAGCAUGCUCCAUACACCAAAAUCUGCGACUAUUGGACCGACUUCUAAAUCUCGAAUGCUUACGCCCAUGAGGCCUAUUUGUGCAACAAUCGGAUCGCCUUCUCCGUCGAAACAAAAUAAGAAAACCGUGGGCUCUCAAUUUAGAGACUCGCUUAACGCUCUAAUGACAACUCUUAACGACACAACACCACAUUACAUAAGAUGUGUGAAGCCUAAUGAUGAAAAAUUACCAUUUGUAUUUGAUCAUCAAAGAGCUGUUGAUCAGUUGAGAGCAUGUGGUGUAUUAGAAACGAUACGCAUUAGUGCCGCUGGGUUUCCUUCUAGGUGGUCGUAUAUAGAUUUCUUUUCGAGGUAUCGGGUGUUGUUAAAAUCAAAAAAAAUCAAUAGGAACGACCCUAAAUUAACAUGUCAACGAAUCAUCGAGGAACAAAUACAAUCUGAAGAUAAUUACAAGUACGGAAAUACAAAAAUUUUCUUCAGAGCUGGACAAGUAGCAUAUUUAGAAAGAAAACGAGGAGACAGGCGCAAAGACUGUAGUAUAUGCAUUCAGAAAAUUUGGCGAGGAUUUAUUUGUCGAAAGAAGUACACACAAAUUCAGCGUAGUGUGUUGUUAAUUCAGCGAUACGGCAGAGGACUUUUAGGCCGACGUUUGACCGAAAAUCUCCGUCAAAACCGAGCGGCUACGAAAAUUCAAAAGACAGUUCGUGGUUGGUUAUGUCGUAAAAAAUAUUUGCGUUCACAGGCUGCUGCUCUAAUUGUUCAACGUUAUUAUCGUGGCUACGUCGCACGGAAGUUCACUACAAAUUUAAGGAGGAACAUCGCUGCAGUGCGUAUCCAGUCUGUAGUUCGUAUGUGGCUGUGUUAUCGACGUUAUCAGCAUACCUUGGCUCAGAUUAUUAAGGUUCAAUGCUGUAUAAGGAGAUGGUUCGCUCGUAGAUGUCUAAAAGUCUUAAAGAAGGAAGCGCGUUCGGUAGCGCAUGUAACUAAAUUAAAUAAAGGAUUGGAAAACAAAAUUUACAUGAUGCAGCAGAAGAUUACUGAACUGAAUAAUCAAUUAAUAUCGACAAAAGUAUUGGAAAGCGAGUUACAAGAAGCGAAGCAAAAAUUAAUGGAGCAAAAAAAUAUUACUUCAGAGUUAGUAUUAACCAAAAAAAAAGCACAGGAAGAUGAAAUUCAAUUGAACAUAUUAAGAAAAAAAUAUGAUUCUGAAAAGAAUACUACUGAUGAAUUACUUGAAGGGUACAAAAAUCAAUUAAAAACUGGAGAACAAAGUCUCUUAGAAGCACAAAAAACAAUUGUUGAAUUACAAUCUGCCUUGACUUUUGCUAACCAAGAAAAUGAAAAGAAAUUGCAUGAAAUUCAAGAGAGUUGGAAAGCAAAAUUAGUAGAUGAAGUUCUCAAAGCUCAAAAGGAAACCGAAGUGGAGAAAAGCAAGUACCAGAAGCUGCUAUCAGAAAAGCGUUCAGUCGAAGAACGUCUCGAGUCGCUAGAACGGCCAACAGUUGGGGCGAGUGGUGAUGGUUUGAGGCGCAACGAUUCCGAUUCAAGUUUGUUGUCUUACCAAGCAAAUGGAUAUGCAAUUAACGGAGAUUUAAAGAGUUGCACAACCGACAACGACGAUAUAGUAAAACUGCAAAAAACAUUGAAAGCUACACAGGCGGAAAGGGAUUUAUUGCUAAAGCGAAUUGAAAAUGACAAAUUGAUACGUGACCCAACUAAUGUAAAUGACGUUUCUCAGUUAAAAGAGCAAAACAAUUUAUUGCGGCAGAACUUGAACACUUUAAGACAAGCAACAAAUUCCACUGCCAACAGCAAUUUCCAUGUCGCAGAUAAUUUGACUCGCCAGUUGGAAGUAUUACAAGAUGAAUUAUUCAAUAAAAGAACAGAAUGUGUACAAUUGCAGAAUCGUCUGCAUGGUACAACAGAAUCCCUGCGCAAAAUCGUAGACUAUGAGGAAUCGUCUUCGUCGUUAACAGAAGAUCGAGAACUCAAUCAAGCCAUCGAUGCUCAAAAAGCUAUAAACAGGCAUUUAGUAGAAGAAUUGCAAACGGAGAAAUGUAAAUGGAAAGAAGAAAAGGAGAAAAUGUCCUCUCAGCUAUCCAAAUUACUUGAAGACAACGAAAAGCAACAACAGCUGUUAGCCAUUGAAUUUGAUAAAAAUCCUCAGUGCGACGCAAUUUUGCAAUCGGACGUUGCUAAACUCAACUACGAUAAUACACAAUUGCAACAAAAAUAUGAUGAACUAUUGCGCAAGUAUGUAGGCUUACGAAAUGAACUGUUGUUGGACGCUAAAGAAAACUCUACUAUUAACUUUGAAGUUGAAAUGGAUGAUGCUAACUUUGCAAAUAGCACGACAAUUUCCACAGAAGACGGAACCAUUAUCGCUAAAAAGAAGAACCGUACAGAAUACAUGGGAAUGUUUCAAUGCUCCAUGGAAGACGAUCCAAUUGUUGCACGUAAUUUGAUCAUAGAAUUAAGAUCCGAAACCGCCCUAAAAUUAUUGCCCGGAUUGCCAGCUUACAUUUUGUUUAUGUGCACCCGUUACCACGAUUUCACCAAAGACGAAAAAAGAAUUGCAUCGUUUUUGACGACUGUUGUCAAGAACUUGCAAAGAGUGAUGAAAAAACGUCAUCUUCAAGACUCUAUGAUUUUGUGGCUAUCCAACUCUCUAAAGCUCAUACACAUCCUCAAACAAUAUAGCGGCGAGCCGGCGUUUGCCAGCGACAACACCACCAAACAAAACUCGCAGGUGUUACAAAAUUUCGAUUUAGCCGAUUAUCGUCAGGUGUUUUGUGAUCAUGCCGUGCUGUUGUACCAAGAACUAGUACAAAAAUUGCAAGACAAUAUAAGACCCUUGAUCGUACCCGCCAUAUUGGAACAUGAUUCGCUGGGUAUCGAUUCAGUGCGCAACAUCAGACGCAGUUUGGGUUCUUUGAAAUCGAAUGUGCUCCAAUCUCCGCCGAGUCCAACCACGAGUACUCUGGAAAACGAAUUGAAUUCCAUAUACAGUCAACUGAUGGCACACGAAAUCGAUAUCGAAGUCAUCGUUCAAAUUUUCAAACAGAUAUACUACUAUAUUUGUGCCAACGCUUUAAAUAAUCUUUUACUACGCAAAGACUUGAGCUACUGGUCCAAAGGCAUGUCGAUUAGAUUCAAUCUGUCGCACCUCGAACAAUGGAUAAGGGACAAAAUCUCCUAUCCUCAGGAUGUCGUUAACACGCUAUUACCAAUCAUCCAAGCGUCACAACUGUUACAAGCCAGGAAGACUGACGACGACGUCAGCAGCAUUUGUGAAAUGUGCGAUAAAAUGAACGCGAAUCAAAUUGUCAAGCUCCUGACGUCGUUCAAACCUACCGACGACUGUGAAGAACGCAUUUCUAUGGAUUUCAUUAGACGAGUUAAAGACAAACUGGAAGAACGACCGGAAUGCCAAGAUAAGGAGAAAUUAUUGAUGGACACUAAGUUUGUGUUUCCCGUUACGUUCCCGUUCCACCCGUCAAACAUACGACUAGAAGAUAUCGAAGUACCCCAAGUGCUAAAUUUGCCCAUGUUGAAAAAGAUGUAGUCGCCUUUCACAGGUUUCCAAUGCUGUCUAGUGUUACAUGUUUAAUUAUUGUUAUUAAUUAAUUAUUAUCUUUUUAAAUAAUAUUUCAAUAUUAUAUAUAAGCUUAUAUAUCUUACAUCUUACCUAUUUUUUUAAUUUGAAAAAAAAGUUAUAAAAAAAGGCUGUGAAAGUGUUUAAAAUUGUUAAUCUAAUUAUUAUAUGUUACAAGUUAUAUUGUUUGAAAUUCAGAACAAAAUAAAAUAUUUAUUAUUACUUUAUAGAUAAUUAUUGUUGUAAAUUUUACACCGUAAUAUAAACUAUUUGUGUCAUAUAUAACAACAUAAUAACAUUGUUUUAGACUUGUUAUAAAAAGUCUAUUAUCAUUUUUGUAGUUAAUUUUUAAUGUAUUUGUUAUAUUACCCGUCCCUGUUUGCAGUACGAUAACUGUAGUUUGUUUCCAUUCUAUGUUAAUUUAUAACUAAUGUGCUAUUGUUGCAAUACAUUUUCAAGACUGUCUUCCUGUAUCAUCUAGUGUCUUACUCAUUUAUCAUUUGUUUUAAUUACAAAUAUUAUGUUAAUUUUUUUUAUACUUUUAAUGCCAAGACCAUCUUGAUAAGUUAACUUUUUAGUUAUUUUUAAUUAAUAUUGUGUCAUUGUUAUAUCAAAAAUAUA